AUUUCUACGCAUUUCGCUCUUUGCCCGCUUGGUCGAAAAUUCGAUUAUUUCGUCGACGAUCGCUAUUAAAUUAGAAGAAAAGAAGUUCCACGCACUUCUAUAAAAUUGCUAAAAUCAUAAGAAAAAUAAGAGGACUUAUUUAUGCAUUUGUCCGUACGAUUGUUAAGUGAUUCAUUGUGAAAGAUUCUCAAUCUAAAAUGGCAAAAUCUGAAAUGAAUAAUGAGUUCAUCCUUCUACGACAUGCAGUUCGUCAGGCACGAGUUUGCAUAGUCAAUAAGCUCAUCAAGGAAGCUAAACUCUUACGGGAUAGACAUGGAAACGAAGCACAAAAGGAAAAGUGUACAAGGAAAGCUGACAAGCUGAUUGACGAGGUUUAUGCACUAAAGACAAUUAAAGACGACGAUAUUUCAAAAUUUGGUCUCUUAGAUGAGAGAAGUCUGACUAAAAUAUUACAAGAUCAAUCAUCAAGUAGUAGUGUUCGCAUAAUGGCAAGAGUGACGAAUUAUAAAACUCUAAAUAAAAGACUAACACAGUUUAAGGAGAGAUUCCCAGACUAUAAGCAUUUAACAGAGAAGAAGAAGACUACAAAAUUAAAAAACAAGAAUACUGUGAAAACUAGGAAAGUUAAAGAAAAUAAUUCUCAGAAUAAGAGUUCAAAGAAACAAAAAGUUGUCGCUGACAAAAACGUUGAACAACCCCAACAUGACUCCGAAGAUGAGGAAGCAUGUAAGAAGGAAUUAUCUGAAGUAAGGAGUAAUUCGCGCAAGCGCAAAAAGACAUUGGCUGAAGAUUGUACAUCCUUGAAAAAACAAAAAUCACUAAAACUUGGAAAAGAUAGUACAUCAGAAACUACAUCAGUCACAGAUAAACAACCAAAUGUAAUUAAACCAUCAAGCAUUACAAAAGAAGCAAAGGUGAAGAGGUUCACUGAGCUGUUGGAGGAACAAGAAACUAAUCAAGACGCACAGAUGUCUACCGAAAGCCAAGAUUCCGCAGGUACUGCGACUGAACAAGCAAAGGUGGUUGACGACUUCUUCAUGACGGCGGAUGGUCAAAACUAUCAAGGGAGCAGUGCUUCGACGUCGUACACAAAAUCUCAUAGACAUAAUACACGAGCCAAACUUCUCCAAUUGAAUGAUCGAGUUAAAAAGCAAAAUGUAAAUCACAAAAACGAUACAAACUUAAAUAAAAAACCUCCGGGUAAACAAUCUUUUUCUAUGAAAUCCAAGAAAAUGACACCCAACAAGAUUAAUAACAGGACAAAUAAUAGUAACACAAAUAGAAAUACGAUUGUUAAUAAAAAAGAUGACAAUGUCGAUUUACAUCCUUCUUGGAUGGCUAAGAAAAAAGAGCAGGAAAUCAUGAGUAAAGGAUUUCAAGGCAAAAAGAUUGUAUUUACGGAUGAUUAGUCGAAAUAGUUUACUGUAUGGAACAAGGAAUUUACUUAAUCAAAAACCUUUUGUAAAGUGCUUUUCAAACUUGCGAUACAUUCGUCAUAUUGUUUUAACAAAAAUGUAUACAUAUGUACAUUUAUCUUCAAGUGUAAUACAUUUAUUUAAUGUAAAUAGCGUCAUAUGUUAUGUCUUCUUU